AUGAAGCUCGGACUUGUCGCUGCGAUCUUCCUAGCUGGGAACGGGCUCGCCAGCGUGGCCAACAAUGGGGCAUACAAAUCUGGCGGCGUGUACAGCGUCAAGAAAGCACGUAGCGAAUCUGAGGACUAUGACAACCCGCCCAACCCUACCCCGUCUGAUUCUGUGCCAAGGCCGGAUCAACAUGGACAUGGGCGGGAUAAAUGCCCUGCGGCAUGCACCAGAGCUAUUGGCAAGUUAGCCGGCCAAGUCAAGAGCUCGGAUAAGAAGUUAGGCAAACGAAUCUCAGAGUUGGAAAGGAAGUCAGGCGCCCGAAUCGAAGCCUUAGAGAGGAAACUUCAGCAGCUGGUGAAUGAGCCGCGCUACGAGGUUAAGUUCGAGACUGGAAUGUGGAACAACUGGGAUGCUGUCAAGGGUGUAGUCCCUCAGCCAGCAAAUACUUCUACGCGCAUCACCUUUUCGAAGAAGUACAAAUCGAUCCCAACGGUAUUUGUAAGUCUUUCCGAAUUAGACGUGUCCAACGGAUAUAACCUCCGAGCAAAGGUCUAUGCGACGGAAGUCGAUACAGAAGGAUUUACGGCGCACGCGGACACCUGGUGGGAUACACAGUAUUAUUCGGCCACCGUGGCAUGGUUGGCCAUGGGAUCUUGA